UUUCCCUUUAUGUAACAAGCUCAACAAGUUUUUGAACAAAAACACGUUCUGUGUGAACGCCCCUCACACUUCUCCAGUAGAUGGACAGAUGAACAUGGAGACAUUGACAGUGCUGUUGUUUAUUUGGGUGUUCACAGUGUCGAAGGCCUUUAAUAUUGAUAUAGAGAAUCCACUGAGCUUUACUGGGAAACAUGAAGAUUUCUUCGGUUACAGCGUUUAUCAGUACGAGUCUGAACAUGGAAAACAGAUCAUUGUUGGUGCCCCGUUUGGAAGAAAUUCAUCUGGAGACAUGUACACCUGCAGCACAGAUCUGUUACACUGCACGCUACUGGCCAGUCCAGGUUCUGAGAGCGUCAGGUCAUUUGGGAUUUCUGCUGCGGUUUCAUCCCCUGGUGCUGGUAACAUCACUAUUUGUAGUCCACAUGUGACUCGUGAGUGUGAUGGAAACUCAUAUUUAAAUGCCGUCUGUUACCAGUUCAACAGCAAACUACAGCCCAUCUCGAACUUCACUGCAUCUUUACAGGAAUGCACAAAGGCGUCAGUGGAUGUGGUGUUUCUGUUCGACGGAUCCAAUAGUAUGAAAUCAGACGAGUUUGAUAUGAACAAACGGUUCAUAAAAGACAUUAUGAGAAGUUUUUCAAAUUCAUCCAUAAAGUUUGCUGCAGUUCAGUUUUCUAGCAGAACUCGGACAGUGUUUGACUUCAAUGACUUUCUGAACAACACAGCUGAAGAAAAACUUAAUAAAGAGCAUCAGAUGUCGACUUUGUCACAGACAUACUUUGGAAUCAACUAUGUUUUAAGUAACCUCUUCAAUAAUCAAUCAUCUGGAGCAGAUCUGAAUGCUACAAAAGUUCUGCUGAUUAUCACAGAUGGAGACCCUACUGACAGGGAUACUAAGAGUGUCCUCAAAAGGUGUGAUGAACAAAAUAUCCUCCGCUUUGUUAUUGGGGUUGGAACUAUUGAUCUGAAGAAACUCACUAGUCUGGCUUCAGUACCAAAACAAAACAACACAUUCUACAUUCAAGAUUACGCUGGACUCAAAGGAAUUAUUGACGACCUGAAAAACAAGAUCGACAGCGUUGAAGGGUCACUGAGCGCUCUCACCUCAGACAGACAGAAUGAGAUAUCUUCGAGAGGAUUCAGUGUGGUCUCCAACAAGGACUCUGUGAUUGUGGGUUCGGUUGGAUCUAAUGAGCAGUGUGGAGUUCUGUAUGAAGUGACUGAUUCGGGAUCUGGAUUCAGAAAGACAGAGAUUAAAGAUGCAGCUCUCAGUAAAGACUCUUACAUGGGUUACUCUACUGUGGUGGGACACAGAGGUGACGUGUCUCUUCUGUUCUCUGGGGGUCCGUCCUUUGAACACAGGGGUCUGGUGACCCUCUUCACUAACACUGAAAAUACAUGGCGAGUGACGGGGAGAAUCACAGGAGAACAGAUUAGAUCAUAUUUUGGAGCAUCUUUAAGUUUGUUAGAUGUCGACUUGGAUGGAAACACAGAUUUUCUCCUUGUCGGAGCACCAUUAUUUUACCAGCCCCAUCCGAGGAGAGAAGGACGUAUGUACGUUUAUGCUUUAACGGAGCAGUUCAUUCUGCAGCAGAUUCUCACUGUGAGCGAGUCACCAACUGGCAGGUUUGCUGCAUCGUUGGCGUCACUAAAGGACUUGAAUGGAGACAAUGUGCCGGAUGUAGCUGUUGGGGCGCCGCUGGAGGAUGAAUGGGGAGUUGUUUACAUUUACCUCGGCGAGAGGAAACACGGCAUCCGCCCGACACGUACUCCUCAGCGGAUUGCAGCACGGUCAGUUCUUCCUGGGAUACAUCAGUUUGGAGUGUCUCUAUCAGGUCAGAUGGACAUGAGCGAUGAUAAUCUGCCUGAUAUUGUAGUCGGAGCUCAAGGAGCGAUCGUACUGCUGAAAGCUCGGCCGGUGAUAUCUGUAUCUUCACAACUGAGUUUCAACCCCCAUGAAAUCAGUCUAAAGGACUUUGAAUGUCCGAGUGCUGAUGUGUUUCUCGCAUUUAACCUCACUUCUUGUUUCAAUGUGACGGAGAGGACCAUUAGCACAGGAUCAGUAAUACGGAGUCUGAAUGUAACGAUCAACCUAUACUUGGAUGAUUUAACAAAAACAAGUCGAGCAUUCUUUGAUCCAAAUCAUUCAUCAUCUAGAACUCUGCAGAGGUUCAUUCUGCUGGAUGAUGAUUUUUCCUGUUUCACCUUCCCAAUCUUCAUGGCACGAUGUGUUGCAGACACACUGUCUCCUCUGAAGAUACGGAUGAAUUUCUGGCAAACUCGGAUGAUGGUGGGACACUCAAUGGUUGUUCUUGAUAUCGACAGCAGGACAGAAGAGAAUGCUGAGAUGCUGUUUCAAAGGAGCUGUAAAUCAAUGAACAUCAGUGUGGCCAACCAGACACUGAACUUCAGUUUAAUCACUGUAGCUGUUCGGACGACUGUUCCUCCAGUAACCAUCUCUGUGGACAGCUCAGCAUCUGCUGAUACGAAAAGCACUGUAGCUGUACGGACGACUGUUCCUCCAGUAACUGUCCCUGUGGACAGCUCAGCAUCUGCUGCUGAUACGACAAGCACUGUAGCUGUACGGACGACUGUUACACCAGUAACCGUCCCUGUGGACAGCUCAGCAUCUGUUGCUGAUACGAUAAGCACUGUAGCUGUACGGAAGACUGUUCCUCCAGUAACCAUCUCUGUGGACAGCUCAGCAUCUGCUGCUGAUACGAAAAGUGUUGAUGAAGAUUCUCUGAUGUAUGUGAACUUUUCUCUGGAGGACAGAGAUCCGAAACCCCUCAUCAUCAUCUACAGGGUGGAAAAUCUGGGUACUAGAAGCAUGCCGGUGUCGGUUACACUCCUCAUACCCUGUCCAACUGCACACGUGAUUUUAAUACCUCACUCAUUCAUCAUGCUGGAGGUGCUGUAUGUUCACUCUGUCAUAUAUGAUCAAAUCAUGAUGUGUUCAGUAAACACAAUUUCUUCUACACAGAAUUCAAAGAAGUGCCAGUUCAUCAAGGAGCCACAGGACGGUCACUGUGGACACUUUAAAUGUCUCUUUCAACUCCAGAAUAUUUCUGCUGUUCACUUCAAUAUGACGGCACACGCAACCCUACACAAUAUAAAGCAAUAUGAGACCAAAUAUUCCUUCUAUGAGUUCAGGAUGAACAGUGUGUUUAAAAUCAGUGCAGAGCUGGACUACAACAAAACCCACUACAAACAGACAUCAACUGACCCAAAGCACAACCCACACAAAUCUCAGACUACAGUGAAUGUGGAGUUUUUCAUCGCACCCAGUCGAGGGCUGAUUGUUGGCACGAGUGCAGUGGCUGGAGUUAUCAUAUGCUUUAUUCUAGUAGUGAUGCUGGUAAAGUGUGGAUUUUUUAAACGAAAGCAUCCUCAUGAGAUUUGGAAUUUACAGUAUUUCAAUGUUCGGUUAGUGGAAUUCACCACAUCUGAAGAGGACAGCACCGGUCCUGAUCACCAAUCAGUGGUCCAGACACUCCAAACAGAAGGAAUACAUGAAAUCUGGCACUUUAAAAAAAAUCAACACUAGGGGCACUAUAUU